AGGCCGCAGAGUUGAAGGCGUGGGGAAAAAAGUAGCGGCUUAUAGUCCAGAAAAUACGGUAUAUGUAAAGACAGACCAAAAGUUUCUUUGUUUCAUUCACUGACUGGAUAUAAAGAUGGAUGACAUGAUUGCUUCCUGAAAGUGAAGAGGAAACAUCUUGAGCGCCCCCUGGUGUUUGACACCAGUACAAGUCAUCCCCUUCUCUGUGUUAACAGAGGAGACUUUGACCAAACUAAAACUCAAACUACGUGUCAGAUAAUUUUUUUCCCAAAGAUGGUUUCUGUCAUUGUGUCUGUUUAAAUUCUGUCAUUGUGGUUUGAGAAAUUUGCUUCUUCUUCAUUCUCCUUCCUCAAAACUAUUUUUACCAACACUGCUUGGUUAGCGUUUCACACCUUCUUACAUCAAGUUGAUCACUAAAAGAAAACAUUUCAGUCCGCUCAGUGUCAGAUGUGCCUGUGUGCUUGCUGAAUAACAUUAAGAGGUUUGUCUGGACGCUGCUGACUGGGUCAACAGAGGAGACAUGGAAGCUGUGAUUGGACUGCUGCUGAUGUUACUCAGAGUCACUCACGGUGUUGAAACCUCCUGUGAUGGCAGACAGAAUGGAGCUCAGUGUUAUGGAGCUUUGGGAGGAACUGUGGUCCUCCAGCUGAUGGACAGCACCUCAGAUAUAUUUAAAUACCAAUGGUCAGAUAAAACAGGAACAGUACUUCUUGGGGGUCAGAAUAGGUCUCUGCAAAAUAGGAUAGCAAAUCGAUCUGUGUUUACUGCCAGUAACGGAACAUUUCGGAUCAACAACCUGAGCAGGACUGAUGAUGGUGAAUAUACUCUUACAAUCUUUGAUUCAAAUGCAAAAACCUCAGAGAGGCGGACUUUACAGUUGACCAUUCAAGCUCCUGUGUCAUCUGUCCUGCUGGACACUGAGUGUCUGUCCCAGGGAGAGCUGAGGGUGUCCUGCUCCUCUGAGGGAGGAGACAGUCCUCAGUACAGCUGGACUCUGAAUGGACACACACUGACAGAUGCUCAGCUCUUUCCUGGAAAUAAUGAGACCAACAUCAUCACUCUGAAACAAGACGUCUCAGGACAACUGGUCUGCUCAGUCAAGAAUCACGUCAGUCGUGUCUCAAAAGAAGAGAGCAUAUCCACCUGUGGCUUCAUAUUCAUUAACUGCACCUUACCCAAUGGCACACACAUAUCACAGUGGGUGUUUGAAGCCAAUAACAGUCUGUGUGUUGAGCCAACAACAACAUCAACCUCUCCCACUUCUACUGAGGGUGUUGAAACCUCCUGUGAUGGCAGACAGAAUGGAGUUCAGUGUUAUGGAGCUUUGGGAGGAACUGUGGUCCUCCAGCUGAUGGACAGCACCUCAGAUAUAUUUAAAUACCAAUGGUCAAAUAAAAUAGGAUCAGUACUUCAAGGGGGUCAGAAUAGGUCUCUGCGUAAUAGGAUAGAAAAUCGAUCUGUGUUUACUCCCAGUAACGGAACAUUUCGGAUCAACAACCUGAGCAGGACUGAUGAUGGUGAAUAUACUCUUGAUAUCUUUGAUUCAGAUGGAAAACAAUCAGAGAAGCGGACUUUACAGUUGACCAUUCAAGCUCCUGUGUCCUCUGUCCUGCUGGACACUGAGUGUCUGUCCCAGGGAGAGCUGAGGGUGUCCUGCUCCUCUGAGGGAGGGGACAGUCCUCAGUACAGCUGGACUCUGAAUGGACACACACUGACAGAUGCUCAGCUCUUUUCUGGAAAUAAUGAGACCAACAUCAUCACUCUGAAACAAGACGUCUCAGGACAACUGGUCUGCUCAGUCGAGAAUCACGUCAGUCGUGUCUCAAAAGAAGAGAGCAUAUCCACCUGUGGCUUCAUAUUCAUUGCCUGCACCUUACCCAAUGGCACACACAUAUCACAGUGGGUGUUUGAAGCCAAUAACAGUCUGUGUGUUGAGCCAACAACAACAUCAACCUCUCCCACUACUACUGAGGGUGUUGAAAUCUCCUGUGAUGGCAGACAGAAUGGAGCUCAGUGUUAUGGAGCUUUGGGAGGAACUGUGGUCCUCCAGCUGAUGGACAGCACCUCAGAUAUAUUUAAAUACCAAUGGUCAGAUAAAACAGGAUCAGUACUUGCUGGGGGUCAGAAAAGGCCUCUGCGUAAUAGGAUAGAAAAGCGAUCUGUGUUUACUCCCAGUAACGGAACAUUUCGGAUCAACAACCUGAGCAGGACUGAUGAUGGUGAAUAUACUCUUGAAAUCUUUGAUUCAAAUGGAAAACAAUCAGAGAGGCGGACUUUACAGUUGACCAUUCAAGCUCCUGUGUCCUCUGUCCUGCUGGACACUGAGUGUCUGUCCCAGGGAGAGCUGAGGGUGUCCUGCUCCUCUGAGGGAGGGGACAGUCCUCAGUACAGCUGGACUCUGAAUGGACACACACUGACAGAUGCUCAGCUCUUUCCUGGAAAUAAUGAGACCAACAUCAUCACUCUGAAACAAGACGUCUCAGGACAACUGGUCUGCUCAGUCGAGAAUCACGUCAGUCGUGUCUCAAAAGAAGAGAGCAUAUCCACCUGUGGCUUCAUAUUCAUUAACUGCACCUUACCCAAUGGCACACACAUAUCACAGUGGGUGUUUGAAGCCAAUAACAGUCUGUGUGUUGAGCCAACAACAACAACAACCUCUCCCACUUCUACUGAGGAAACAGAAUAUUUGUAUCCGAUGGUUGGCAUACUCUCUGCACUGGUAAUCCUCCUCGUGGCUGGAGUGGCUGUCAUGUAUGUUCAUAAGAAAAAGCGAAACAACAAACCUAAAGCAGAAGACGAUGAGCAAGAGUUAACGUACGCUGAUGUGAAGAUCGUGCAGCAGCCAGUGAGGCAGAGGCAGCAAAAGGCCGAGGCGCAGGUGGAGUACGGCCAAAUCAAGUUUUCAGAGCAGCCUCGGCAGACCGAUCCACCGCCAAGAGAUGAGUGUGUGUACGCCAUGGUUCGUAAAGGCAAGUGAUCUGGAGUGGCCAGUGUUCUACUGCGCCACUGAAGGCAGACGGACUGUUUUCCACUGGGAAAAACACAAGCCAUCGGGACUCUUUACUCUAAUAUUAUCAUUAUUAUUGAUGACUGAACAUCAACGGAGCAGCUUCAUCGUUUCAGUCACAGUGUGGCUGGGUUUUACAGACUUGUUUUUGCAGACCAUUUGGCAUUUUCUUAAGAAAAUUAUUAUAAUGAUUGUAAUUUUUAACACAAUUUUUACCAUUUCUUUUUAUUUUCAGUUUAUGUUGUACCUUGUUGUUUUUACUUGUUUCUCAGUUAUGAGCAUAUUUACUUUUAUUUAAUUGCUUAGUAUGGUAAACUUGCAAUAAUAAUAAUAAUAACAAUACGUAAGAAUAUCAAUAUUUUUACAGUGUUUUUAUUUUAUUACCAGUUUGCUCUUGCAUUGGUAGGUUUAUUAAAGGUGUGAUGCAGGGUGUGGGAAUUUAUCUCAUAUCCAGCCAAGUAGUCUUCCUUAGCCCUUAUUUAUUUUACUUAUUUUCCGAAAAUAAGUUGAUUGAGAAAUGUCUUGUUUCUCAACUUAGCUUCUCAACUAUCCAACUUAGCAAGAAUUUGUUUCCAUGAUGGAACAGACUUCUGCUUUUUGUCUUUCAGCAGAAACAGAAUUGAUUCAUCAGUUACGUGGUGUACUGGUGUGCUUUUUAAGACUUAAGAAUUACGUGGUGUCAACAAUUUGCUUGCUGUUCACUUUUAGUAAGCCAGCUUAUUCUUACAUAAAGGGUAGAGGGGGAAUUAGUCUUUUUCAGUAGCUGAAGGCACAACUAACAUACAGUCUUGUCAUAUCUAAUGGAGUUAGAUAUGACAUGUAGCAACUGUAUUUGCAUAUGCAUCUGAGAUGAGUGUGAGUUGAGUGUGAAUUUGCAGGGAAAGAGCGAUAUCUUUCGAAACAGUGGCUUCUUCUCUUCCUUCGUUUCUCUUACAUUAACGAGGGGGAACUGAGACAGACAAAUACAGCGUUCUUAUACAAGAGGUGGAGAGCCUCUUAGAUUUUGAGUGUGAUGUGUGCUUAUCUUUUAACACCAUCAGGUUUUCUAUAUAUGGUUAGAUGCAUUUCCUAUGACAGGUGUUCCUCUUUCAAAUUCAGUGACCUGAGGACUAAGUAGUUUACACUGUGGGUAUUUAUGAUAAUUAUUUCUGCUAAAAAGAAAGUCAGUUGAACACAGUGCUGCUAAGCUGUUUCUAAUCAGCUAGGUUCAUAAUUAGUCAGUUUGUUUAGAAUUGAAUUGGAUUACUUGACUAGAUCAAGUACAGCAAUAUGUAAUAAUCUAUAUCGUUAGCGUUGAGCCUGGUGAAAAUGCAGAACAUAUUCAAAGGCAGGAUGAGAAUUUACGUACGUUAAACAGUAACUCCUGCACACAUUCAAGAUUCAAAGGUUUUAUUGUUUGAGCAUGUGACAAAUAAAAAAGUUUGAGUCUGAACUCCUCAGCACAAUUCUCUCUCUUCUCAUCUCAUAAAACUGCAAACUCUCACAUUUUAUCUCAUUUACAUUUUAUUUUGUAGUAUGUCAAUCACACUGCAAUAUCCACCGGAGUCACCGCUGUACAGCUUAGGACGCACAGGAUGCAACAGUAUAUAUAGUGAGGGCAGACAUAAAAAUAGCUCAGUGAUAAAGACAUGAGUUCAGGCAGUAAAAUCUCUCGCAUCAAACUACUUGUUCGAGCUCUUAAACGCAGGGUAAUGCACAAUGCAACUCACAGCGAACAUCUUGGAGAAAUAAUUUGUCGCAUGUUGCAUCUGCUAACAACCUUUUGGUUUGGUCGUGGACUUGUUAGGGUAAUGAAGUGACCCGCGGGGCGAGGACACCUUUAUGUUCUUGACUCAUCACUAUCCUCUGAAACAUCUUUGUAUAAAAUAACUUUUGGUUUUUAGUUAGUUAUGCAAACUCAUUCUGGUAUCACUUGGUCUUGAUUUUAUUUGUUUUAAUUGCUGUGUAACUUCUGCUUUCAGUAAAAAACAUCUAUUAUCA